AUGUUGCAAACAGUCUGCAUGAGUCCUGAACUACUGGUCAAUCAAAACAUCAGUGAAAAUGAAAUCUGUGGCUAUAGCCCAGGCCAGGCAUCUCCACUGCCUGGAGAAACUGCCAGUCCUAAAAGCUAUUUUCAACAGAGCCCAUCGUUACCAGACUCUGGAUUAACUGAACUUAAUGUUGCGAGUCUCAAGAUCUACCCUCCUCCUUCACGUAAACCUCAAGAGAUGUCUUCUCCCACUGACUCCGGACUUAGCUCUGAUCCCCCUCAGAAGCGCUACAUGGGUGUGAGAGUAAAGAUGCCAGUACGGGAAUUACUGAGAAAAAUCCGUCUUUCCAAAGGCCUGGACCCAGAUCACAGCAAGGAAGCCUCAUUAAUGAAGAUGGUAACCAAAGGAUCCUCAGGAAAAACAGAAAAGAGAAGAGUUCACCCUUAUACAGAGAAACAGCUUAGACAGAGCAAGCAGAGCGUUGGGCAAACACUAAAAGGCUUAGAGGACCUUGAUAUCCUGGUGGAGGUACUGCAGGAAGAUUUGAACAAAAGCCAGUUGAAGAAGGAGUCUCUGCAUUCUGUGCCAGGUGGCUUUUGGCAGAGCUUCUCCACAGAUCUACAAGCCUCUUGGUGGGAAACUGGAGGACGAAAACAGGCAGCUGGUGGCCUGCAAGAAAGGCGCCACAGCUUAACCAAGUUGCGUUCAUAUUGCUGUUUUAAAGAUUUCGACUCAGUAUUGAGGGGAGAGAUAGACACUUCUUUUCACGAUGAUCAGAAAAACAUGCAAGAGUCCAACUCACCAGGAAUAUUCUCAAGGACAAGUGAGAAAGAGAGUAGCUGGUGGAUACAGGAUGCAUGUACAAGUACCCAGAAAGAUUUCCCAAGGCAUUCUUCACAGAACACGUCUCCACACUAUAGCCCAUCAGGAGGCUGUUCAGAGGUGCUUCUGAGAGCUGAUACAGACUCUCCAGACAUUGAGGGACAUUUGAAGUCGACCCCAAUGUCUUUCACACAGCAGGAUCUCUCUGCUAUCUCUUUCUUCCAGUUCCAGCUACACAGGGAAGAAAGCUUACUGAGAAAUAUCCCAGCGGACAAACUGCUUGCACCUGAUGAAAAUGGCAACAGGCUGCUGCACAAGGCUGUCGCUCAGGGAAGAAGAGCUCUGACUUACGCACUUGCACAGAGAUUUGCAUCCCUAAAUAAGAUCAAUGAGAAGGAUGCAGAGAAACGGACUGCAUUACAUCUUGCUGCAGAAAAGAACCAACAUCUGAUGGUGAGUGACCUGAUAUCCCUAGGAGCUAAUGUCAAUGAACAGGACAGUUUUGGGAAAACUCCACUCCACCUGUGUGCAGAGAAUGGAUAUCUGAGAGUUUUAGAGGUUUUGAAAAAUUGCAAAGACAACGGCAUGUGUGUGGAAGUGAAUCUGACUGACCAUUAUGGUUUAACACCGCUACACUGUGCUGCUUUUGCCCACACUGUCUUAGUUACGGAAUCCCAAAAAACUGACACCGAUACUGACUUGGGAAGGUUUCUCAGGCUACGCAAAGAUCAAAUUCUUGAGGGAAUUAACUGCUUAUUACAAAUGGGAGCAAAGCCUGAGUUGCAGGUACUAAAUUCAUGUCAAAUUGCCACUACCUGUUUAAAAAUUGAGGAUAACACAGAACUCAUGUGUUUGCUUCAGAAUCAUAAACUUAAGGGGCAGAACGUUCUUCAAGAGAGUUACAGUUUGCUGGAUGCUCCAAGAAGAAUGCCCAGUCCCUUGUCACCAGAUAACUUUUCUGAACUUUUUUCCUUGUCAUCUUUGGACCUCUCCAACAUCAUUCUUAAAGGUAUUUCAUGGUAG